ACACAACGCUCGACAAUAUCAAGUUUUCCACUGUCGCCGCGCCGCGUCGGAUAUCCUAAAUUUAAAUUAGUCGGGUAAUACCAAAAUUGUGGCGUCGGCCGGUCGUCCCUCGUCGCAUCGCAGACCGCGGGAUCGCAGUGCAGCAGUUCAUUGUAGUCACUCACAUUGUCGGUGGUCGUGCGUUAACUGUUUGUUGCUCUGACGUCCUGCCUACGAGCUAUUGGCUACAACUUCCAAGUGUCUACUACGCAGCUCUCCAGUUUUGUAAUACACAUACCUACCAAUAAAGGCAAAUAAUAAUGGCUGACAAUCAGUCUUCUGAUAUGGAAGUAGAUUGCAACAAGAGUACCACACUAUUUUCGUCAUCAAGUGCAAGUACAUCUAAAUUACCACGAUUAAGAGUACUAUCUCUCUUUGACGGAAUUGGUACAGGGUAUUAUUCAUUGUUGCAGUUAGGGUUUGAUAUUGAAGUAAUUUAUGCAAGUGAAAUAAAUAAAGAUGCGUUAAUGUUAACUAAAUAUCAUUUUGGUAACAUUAAACAAUUGGGUUCGGUCACUGAAAUAACCACAGAAAUGUUGGACCAAAUCGCUCCAAUAAAUCUACUUUUAGGUGGUUCGCCGUGCGCCGAUCUAUCUGGUGUCAAUUAUCGAAAAAAAGGCCUUUUCAAUCCAGAUGGAAGUGGUAUAUUAUUCUUUGAUUUUUACCGUGUAUGGGACUAUCUAAGUGUAAAAGCUGCUAGAGAAAAUACACCCUUUUAUUGGUUAUUUGAAAAUGUGGCAAGCAUGGAAAUUAAAAAUAAAGAUACAAUUUCCAAAUUUUUUGAGUGUCAACCUGUUGCUAUUGAUUCACUACACUUCAGUCCACAAAGACGUAAAAGACUUUUUUGGUCUAAUCUCCCUGGUAUAAAAGAGCUGGCUUAUGCCCGAGAGAUGGAUGAAUAUGAUAUGAAUGAACCAAAACUAGAAGAUUAUUUGGAAAAGAAUUUAGAUAGACAGGCUAAUGUAGAAAAAAUUGGAACCAUCACUUCAAAAAGAAGUUGCUUGCAAGAUAGCAGAUCUAGAAAUCCUGUAUAUCAAGACGGACAAUGCACAGGCUUAUUUAUUACAGAGAUUGAAACGAUCUUUGGAUUUCCUCCACAUUUUACAGAUAUUGGUGAUUUGUCAGUAUCAAGUCGCCAGAAACUGCUGGGAAGAGCGUGGAGUGUGCAAGUAAUUAAGGAACUAUUAAAUCUAUUAUCAGGCAUAUUUGCUAAGAAGUGAGUGUGAUUUGCAACAAUAAACAAAUCUUAAAUCAACA